UGGUGGUUUAUGGUCUCUGCAGAUCGAGUUGUUGUCACCGUUUCUAGUAAGAACCGUAGUGAACCAAGUGAAAAGUUUCGACACCGAGAGCAUAGCGGUGGUCCGGGCGGUUACAGGUCGUGGACCAGACGCAUCAUAUUUUUUCGGUGCUCGAUCGGAUCGUUCGAAAAAUAUGUACCGGGCUCGAUAGGGCACCGCCGCGCGCGGACGCGACGCUUCCCCAUCGUCAUCAUCAUCAUCAUCAUCAUCAUCCCCCAUGUCACCAUCAUAGCGGUCAUGCCGUCGUCCGUUCACCUGUUGGAUGUCCGCGACGGACGGUUAAAAAUCGGCACGGUCGGCGGACGGGCGGCGGCGGGGCAACGCGGAAAACAAUGCACGACCGGGUCCGCUUGGCCCGCGCGACACAGCGUCGGAACAGGCGGCGCCUGCACGGGCGCCAUCGGCGGCGGCGGCUACGCGAUGACGACGACACAUGACCGCCUCCGCACGGCCGUUAGUCUCACGCGUACCAUUGUCGCCAGACGACGACGACGACGACGAGGAUCGUUGCGACGCGCGCGUUUUCCGUUAACACUCCGAGCAAGACGGUGUUCGCGCGCCUAGUCAUUCGCGAGUGCACCGCGUCCGUCGGCCUCGUACACGCGUGAAAGCCGCGAACCAACACGUCCCCCCGACGCGAACACACACGCAUUCAUCGUACCGUCGUGUAACGCGUACGCGUCCGGUUUUUUCCCGUUUUCCGUCCGUUCGCGUCCGUCCCCGGUCGCCACGCGCGUUCGCGCGGUUGUGUUCACACCGCACGCUCCGCCGUCGACCGGUCCCGCGUCGCUCACCGCCCGGCGGUGGUGUCCCGUCCCGUCGGCAGUCCGGAGCGCGUGCCUCCCGUGUUCCACGUCCGUCUUACCAUACCCGUCGUCAAGCUGUCGUCGUACAGGAGCGACUCGUCGGUAGCCGGCGACGGCGGCGGGCGCGCCAGCAGCACCGGCAGCAGCUGUUACCCGAACGACUAUCACCACCGCAGUGGCGGCAAGACCGCGUACCGGCACGCGGGCCGGUCCAAGUCGGCGCCCAAGUACGUAGACGACAAGCCCAAGAAGAAGAAAAAGUCGUCCGCGUCGUCCGCGUCCUCCAACAGCGUAGUGUCCAUUCCGAACACCAUCAAGCUGUCCAUGCUCAACAGCGGCCUGUUGCCGUUAUAUUUCAUAAUACGAUUCGCUGUUGGGCCUAAUGGAGUGAUAUCUGGAGACAAAAAAAUCCCAAAAGAGUGUUUUGUCAAACAUUGCGACCAGAGGAGGAAAUAUCCGGUGCUGUACAAAUUAGAGUUUCAGGCUGCAGUUAAAGUGGAAACGCAUUCCUGUCGCCAUGCUACUAAGCCCAACAACAAAGAAAAAAAUCAAAAUCCCAAAUGCAUUGCUUACGAUUACAAUCGAGUGGUUUUGGACCAAUUACCAGACGUACCGGAUUCGGAUUACAUCAAUGCAUCGUACGUGGACAGCCUGUUGAAACCGAACGCUUACAUCGUCACCCAAGGGCCUACCGAGAACACAGUCAACGAUUUUUGGCGCAUGAUAUGGCAAGAAAACGCGUGUUGCAUUGUCAUGUUGACCAAGACCUUCGACUUUAUCAAGGUCAUGUGUAUACAGUACUGGCCGUCGGCCAAAGUGAACAGUGAAAACUACGGCGAUCUCAAUAUAUCAGUAUUACACGAAGAAGAAUUAGCUAAUUUUCACAUUAGGACCAUACAAGUGGUUAAAAAACAAGGGACAAACGAAGAAGAAACCAGAACUUUACUUCAAUUUCAUUACACGGAAUGGCCUUGCCACACUUGUCCGUUCUCAAACGCGAUAUUGGAGUUCAGACGGAGAAUGAGAGCCGUAGUGGGUUCUAGGCUACAACAUGACAGUCCUAUCGUAGUCCAUUGCAACGAUGGCGGCGGUCGGUCCGGGGUUUAUUUGUCGAUCGACGCCAAUCUGGAGCUCGCCGAAGAAGAAGACUGUUACGACGUGUUCGGCUACUUGAAAACGCUCAGACAAUCCAGAAAAGGAAUGGUUGAGACACUGAACCAAUACAAGUUCAUAUACGACACGUUGGAGGAGUUCGUGCUGUGCGGAUUCUCGUGGUUCCCCGUUAAAGAACUGUCGCAAAAACUGAAACAGAAAUCCAUGAAGGACCCCGAGACGAAACUCAACGAAUACCAAAGGGAGUACCAGGUAAUUUGCAAGAUGACUCCGCGUUUCACGAUUGGUGACUGUGCGGGCGGCCACCGUGGUGACAACAGGGAGAAGAACAGAGACGUGUUGAUCGUUCCACCCGAUAACUUCCGACCGUAUUUGACUUCGUUCCAAGGUAACACGUUUACCGAUUACAUAAACGCAGUUUUCGUCGACGGCUACACCAAGCCGAGAGAAUAUAUCGUGACAGAAUGGCCGAUCAAACACACGCCCGGCGACUUCUGGUCGCUCGUAUACGAUUACGAGUGUUCGGCCGUUGUCGUAUUGUGCCUGCCACCCAGAGACUCUCAACAAUACCCGCCGUUUUGGCCGGAAGGUAGACAUUCCAAGAAAUACGGUCCGGUGUUCACCAUCGAUCAUAUAUCUCAUAACCACUACGCAAACAUAAAGACAUGGCUGUUUAGGAUCAACAAAAAGAUCGUUUCACUCACCGAACUGAUGGCCGGCGUCAAAGCGCCGCCAAGGACCGUCCAGCUAUUUCAGCUCACUUGCUGGCCAAUGGGCCACAGAGUGCCCACUUCCACCAACUCGCUGGUCGAGCUCAUGAAUAUGGUCGAGAGGUGGAGACAGAGAAUUGACUACGGGCCCGUGGUGGUCGUGUCGCAUGACGGCAGAGGUAGAUGUGGCGUGUACUGCUCUGCCAACGCGUGUAUCGAACAAGUGAUUCAACACGGCGAAGUUGACGUUUUCCAAGCCGUAAAAACAGUCAGACGUCACCGACCUCAACUCAUAGAGAACAUGACUGAGUACAAAUACUGUUACGAUCUGGUGUUGCAUUACGUGUUACACUACCUGAACAAGGACCAAAAGGAGAAGAAAUGAGAUUACGAGGUAGAAG